AGACGAUUGAACUGGAAUCUUUUGGAUAAAAGGACACUCUCACUCCCUCUUUCCUCUGUCCCUAUAAACUCAGUAGAGAGAGUGAGAGUGAGAGAGAGAGAGAGUUAGUGAGAGAGCAUUUGGCUAAGAAAAUGGCUCGGAGCUCCACAUUCCCCAAAUGGGUCUUACCGAUUAUGCUUCUUCUUGGCUGCUUGGCUACUAAAAUCUCAGCAGAAGAUGGGCCGGUGCCAAAUGGUGAUUUUGAAAUGACCCCAUCGGGCGGCUUUUCAAACGAGGCUAUAGUAGAUGGGCCCACGGGGAUCCCCAGCUGGAAAUCGAACGGCACCGUUGAGCUUGUGGAGUCGGGGCAGAAACAGGGUGGGAUGAUCCUCAUCGUACCGCAAGGUAGACACGCAGUGAGGCUGGGUAACGACGCCGAAAUAAGCCAGCAAGUGAAGGUGGAGAAAGGCUCCAUCUACUCCGUCACGUUCAGUGCGGCUCGCACGUGCGCACAGCUGGAGUCGUUGAAUGUGUCAGUGCCACCUGCAUCGCAGACGAUAGACCUGCAGACCUUGUACAACGUGCAAGGGUGGGACCCUUACGCGUGGGCUUUCUCGGCUGAGGAGGAUGAUGCGAUGUUGGUCUUCAGGAAUCCCGGCAUGGAAGAUGACCCCACAUGUGGGCCCAUCAUUGAUGAUGUUGCUAUCAAGAAGCUCUUUACCCCUGAUAGGCCCAAAGACAACGCAGUGAUCAAUGGUGAUUUUGAGGAAGGUCCAUGGAUGUUUGCAAACAUCUCACUAGGGGUACUGCUUCCCACCAACCUCGACGAAGAAACAUCCUCAUUACCGGGUUGGAUCGUGGAGUCCAACCGUGCUGUUCGGUACAUCGACUCCUACCAUUUCACUGUGCCGCAAGGCAAGCGAGCCAUUGAAUUGCUUUCUGGGAAGGAAGGCAUUAUUUCCCAAAUGGUUGAAACUUCCCCAAACAAGCCAUAUACCCUAACCUUCUCUUUAGGCCAUGCUAAUGACAAAUGCAAGCAGCCUCUUGCUGUCAUGGCCUUUGCCGGUGACCAAGCCCAAAAUGUCCAUUAUACCCCUAAUUCCAACAGCACAUUCCAAAGUGCCAAUGUGAAUUUCACGGCCAGAGCUGAGAGGACAAGGAUUGCAUUCUACAGUGUGUAUUAUAACACCAGGACUGAUGACAUGAGCUCGCUAUGUGGGCCCGUGGUGGAUGAUGUCAGGGUUUGGUUUUCUGGGUCCUGGAGAAAUGGGUUUGGAGGAUUGGGAAGGAUGACACUUGGGCUUGCUUUUUGGGUGCUUGUUUGGGUUUUGCUUUAGGGUUAGGGGGUGUGUUUGUUUGGCUAGAGAGCUUAUUAUAUGUAACGUUUUGGUUUUAGUACGUCUAGCAUGGGAUUGUUGCAAACAAUAGUCCCAAAGUA